GCCCUCCCGGAGGCGCGUUGUCACGGAGACCGGCCGGUGGUGCUGGCCCGCCGGGCUGUCCCCGGCCCGCUCCCCCGGCCCGGCUCCCGCCUGCCCCGCUCCCCGCACGCGGGGGUGGGGGCUGCGCUUUGCGAUGAGUUUACCGCAGAAAGCGGCUGUGAAGCCCGGCUCAGCGGCUGCAGCGGCGGCGGGGACUGGCCCCGGGAGCGGGGCGGCGGCGGCAGCGGGGCCGCCUCCCCCCCCGGCUCCCCCUCACCCGGCGCCGCCUCCUCACCCCAACAUCAGGGCCUUACAGACCCAACCGCCCCAACAAAUUCCCAGAGGUCCUGUGCAGCAACCCCUUGAGGACCGGAUCUUCACUCCGACAGUCUCAGCUGUGUACAGCACUGUAACACAGGUAGCAAGACAACCAGGACCUCCUGCACCAUCCCCUUACUCUGCACAUGAAAUAAACAAAGGACACCCAAAUCUUGCUGCAACGCCACCAGGACAUGCAUCAUCCCCUGGACUUUCACAGGCCCCUUACCCCUCAGGGCAGAAUGCAGCUCCAGCCACAUUGGUGUACCCCCAAACUCCUCAAACAAUGAACACACAGCCUCAGACCCGCUCUCCGCCCAGCAGAACAGUGCCAAUACAUUGCACAGACAACUGGAAGAGGAGGAAGGUUUUGGAACAGAAUCCGGUUUACAGGUCCCUGGCUGGAAGAGGCUGGAUAAAAUACUGCAUUAGCCGAUUAAAAGUUAGAAUUUUCCAUGGAACAGUGAUAAGACAGUUUGCAGCGGGGCCUCGACCUGCCCAUCACCAGUUUUUUCAGCGGCCUCAAAUACAGCCUUCUAGAGCUGCCAUCCAGAACAGCAGCCCUUCUAUCCGUCCUGGUGCGCAAACACCAACUGCAGUGUAUCAAACCAACCAACACAUCAUGAUGGUUAACCAUCUGCCAAUGCCGUAUCCAAUGCCCCAGGGCCCCCAGUACUGUAUACCACAGUAUCGUCAUAGUGGCCCUCCUUAUGUUGGGCCUCCACAGCAGUAUCCUGUUCAGCCACCAGGGCCAGGCCCAUUUUAUCCAGGCCCGGGUCCUGGAGAAUUCCCCAAUGCCUAUGGAACACCGUUCUACCCAAGUCAGCCAGUGUAUCAGUCAGCACCCAUCAUAGUGCCUACGCAGCAGCAGCAGCAGCAGCAGCAGCCUCCACCAGCUAAAAGAGAGAAAAAAACAAUCCGAAUCCGGGAUCCAAACCAGGGGGGCAAGGAUAUAACAGAAGAAAUAAUGUCUGGAGGAGGCAGCAGGAAUCCUACACCUCCCAUUGUGAGACCCACCCCCACGCCUACCCCUCCUCAGCAGCUGUCCAGCCAGGUGCCAGAGCACAGCCCUGUGGUUUAUGGGACUGUGGAGAACACUCAUCUCGCCGCCAGCACCUCUGUCACUGCAACUAGCGACCCGAAGCAAGACGAGAAACCAAAACCAGAUCCAGUAUUAAAAUCUCCUUCUCCAGUCCUCAGACCAGAGCCUAGUGGGGAGAAAAAAGAUCAAGCUGGCCAGACAUCUGAGACUGCCUCAAUGGAAUCCCCACCAGAACUUCCUCUUGCUGCAUUGCCAGACCCAGUUGUUGUUGCUGCUGUUGCUGUUUCUAGUAAAUCUGCAUUCACAGCUAACUCAGAGGAGAGAUGUGAACUAACUUCCCCGAAAGAGGAAACAAUGCCUAUAUCCAAUGCCACACCCUGCACAGAAGAAUCAGACUUUUCACCAACAGAAGAGGCUGAUGCUGAUACGUGCAAGGAGCCUAGUAUUGUAGCAACUAGUGAUAUUCCAGUGACUGCUAGUACUAAUCUAAUUAAUGAAAUUAAUGGAGUUAAUGAAAAAGUAACUGCUACAGACGACAUAGCAGAAAUAGUUCAACAGGAAGUUGCACCAUUGACUGUUGAAUUGGAGAUUUUGGAAGGCCUUCCUGCUGAAGUGGAAAGUGUACCAUCUUCCAUUGCUCUUUCCACCUCUCCCUCUCCUCCUCUUACUCCUCCUAUUCCUGUUUCUGCUGCUGUUAACACUACAACACCUCCUUCCCCUCCUCCUCCUCUUCCUUCUCCUCCAAUUUCCCUCCCUGCUGUUCAGGGAGAUUUACAUGGAGAGGAGAGCAGAAGAACUACCCUUAAUGAAGUUGUAAAAGAUACUCAAAAGAAAGAAGAGGUGGAAGCAGAUGGGCAACCAGAGGAGAAUGCAGAGUCUCAGAAUUUAAUCUCCAGGAAGAACCCUGUACCACCCCAAACAGCUGUAGCUGCACCAAAGAUGUGGAAGAAACCAAAAGAUCGGACCCAAGCCACUGAGGAGGUGUUAGAGGCGGAAACAGAGCGUAUAGCAGAAGAGGAACUUUCAGGUGACAAAGUACCUGAAUCUGAACAGGAUAAAAUGAGCCCUGGGUUCCACCUGGAAAGAGAUACUUCUGAACUUAAAAAAGCAAAAGUUGUGGAAGAAAAUGGAGAGCAGGAAGCAGAGCCUAUACGUAAUGGUGCUGAGUGUGUUUCAGAGAGGGGAGGACCUGAUGCUAAUUCAGACUCCGCAGAGAGCUCUGGUGAAGGGCUAGUAUACCAGUAUAAACCAGAACAGUGGAAGCCCAUGAAUCCCGAAGGGAAGAAGCAAUAUGAUAGGGAGUUCCUGCUGGAUUUCCAGUUCAUGCCUGCCUGUAUACAGAAACCAGAAGGGCUGCCUCCCAUUAGUGAUGUGGUCCUCGACAAGGUGAGAGGAGACCCAAUAAAACAGAUAAAUCAGCCCAAAUUGCCAGUUCGAACUCUGGACCCUCGGAUAUUGCCUCGAGGACCAGACUUCACACCAGCCUUUGCCGAUUUCGGGAGGCAAACCUCCGGGGGAAGGGGUGUAGCUGCCUGCAAAGUGCAGAACAACCCCGGAAUGCCUUCUGUGGCUCGGUGUGGCACCCCAGCAUGCCCUCUGUUGGUCUCAUCUCACCCACCAUUGAGGAACCUGCCGAUAGGGUUGUUGAAUGUUGGACCAAGAAGAUCACAGCCAAGCCAGAGGAGGGAGCCCAGGAAGAUCAUCACUGUAUGUGUAAAAGAAGAUGUACACCUGAAGAAAGCAGAAAAUGCCUGGAAGCCAAGCCUGAAAAGAGACAGCCAGGCUGAGGACCCAGAAAAUAUAAAAACCCAGGAACUGUUCCGCAAGGUACGAAGUAUCUUAAACAAAUUGACGCCACAGAUGUUCAAUCAGCUAAUGAAGCAAGUAACAGACCUGACUGUAGACACAGAAGAGAGGCUGAAAGGAGUCAUUGACCUGGUCUUUGAGAAAGCUAUCGAUGAGCCCAGCUUCUCUGUGGCUUAUGCAAAUAUGUGUAGAUGUCUCGUAACGCUGAAAGUACCUAUGGCAGACAAGCCUGGGAGCACAGUAAAUUUCCGCAAGUUGCUACUGAAUCGUUGCCAGAAGGAAUUUGAAAAAGACAAAGCUGAUGAUGAUGUCUUUGAGAAGAAGCAAAAAGAGCUUGAAGCUGCUAUCACUCCAGAGGAGAAGACACGGCUCCACGAGGAGCUGGAAGAGGCCAAGGACAAGGCUCGACGGAGAUCCAUCGGAAACAUCAAAUUCAUUGGUGAACUCUUCAAACUGAAAAUGCUGACCGAGGCCAUCAUGCAUGACUGUGUGGUGAAGCUGCUUAAGAACCACGAUGAAGAGUCCCUGGAGUGCCUUUGCCGCCUGCUCACCACCAUCGGCAAGGACUUGGACUUUGAGAAAGCAAAGCCCCGUAUGGACCAGUAUUUUAAUCAAAUGGAGAAGAUUGUGAAAGAGAGAAAAACGUCCUCCAGGAUUCGUUUCAUGCUUCAGGAUGUAAUAGACCUAAGGCUGUGCAACUGGGUAUCCCGGAGAGCAGAUCAAGGCCCCAAGACUAUUGAGCAGAUUCAUAAAGAAGCAAAAAUUGAAGAGCAAGAAGAGCAGAGAAAGGUCCAGCAACUCAUGACCAAAGAGAAGAGAAGACCAGGUGUCCAGAGGGUAGAUGAAGGUGGAUGGAACACUGUUCAGGGGACAAAGAGUAGUCGUGUGCUUGAUCCCAUCAAAUUCCUUAAAAUUACCAAGUCCACAAUAGAUGAGAAGAUUCAGCUUGUGCCUAAAGCCCAGUUGGGCAGCUGGGGGAAGGGCAGCAGUGGUGGAGCAAAGGCCAGUGAGAUUGAGUCCUUACGACCAAGUGCCACUAGUUUGAACAGAUUUUCUGCACUACAGCCCCCAGUGUCGUCUGUGUCUUCUUCUUCUGUAUCCUCAGAGUUAGACUCUCGCAGGGCCUUAACUAGUCGUGGGAGCACAGGCAGAGAGAAGAAUGACAAACCACUCCCAUCUUCAGUCACCCGUCCAAACACCUUCCUGCGGGGUAGCAGCAAUAAAGAGCUGCUGCUAGACAAUCAGGCACAAGAAGAACAACGGCGAGAGAUGCUAGAGACAGUGAAACAGCUAACAGGUGGCAUGGAUAUGGAGAGAAACAUCACAGAGACAGACAGGAACAAAGCCAAGGAAAUAGCCAAGCCAGAAACUCCCUCAGCUACAGUACAAGACAAAUCUUCACUGUCAGAAGAGGAAAUGGAGAGAAAGUGCAAAUCCAUCAUUGAUGAGUUCUUGCACAUAAACGAUUAUAAGGAAGCAAUGCAAUGUGUAGAGGAGUUGAAUGCACAAAGUCUGCUGCCCAUUUUUGUGCGAGUCGGAGUGGAGUCUACUCUCGAGAGGAGUCAGAUCACCAGGGAUCACAUGGGCCAGUUACUAUAUCAGUUGGUGCAGUCAGAAAAGCUAAGCAAACAGGACUUCUUCAAGGGGUUUUCAGACACCUUGGAGCUGGCAGAUGAUAUGGCCAUUGAUAUACCACAUAUUUGGUUGUAUCUAGCUGAAUUGGUGACCCCCAUGUUAAAAGAAGGAGGAAUCUCUAUGAGAGAACUUACAAUAGAAUUUAGCAAACCUUUACUUCCUGUGGGAAGAGCUGGGGUCUUGCUUUCUGAAAUAUUGCACCUUCUAUGCAAACAAAUGAGCCAUAAGAAAGUAGGAGCCUUAUGGAGGGAGGCUGGCCUCAGUUGGAAGGACUACUUAUCUGAAGGGGAGGAUGUACAUACCUUUCUCAUGGAGCACAAGUUGGACUUCACAGUGUCUGACUGUUCCAGUUCCUCAGAAGCACUUUCAGAGGAAGAACUCUCUGCUGACGAACUGAACAAACAGCUAGAAAAACUCAUUAUUGAGGACAAGGCGAAUGAUGAACAAAUCUUUGAUUGGGUAGAGGCUAAUCUAGAUGAAGGCCAGAUGAGUUCACCUACAUUCCUUAGAGCUUUAAUGACAGCAGUUUGUAAAGCAGCCAUUAUAGCGGAUUCUUCUAGUUUCCGUGUGGACACUGCUGUUAUCAAGCAGAGAGUGCCGAUCUUACUCAAGUACCUAGACUCAGAUACAGAGAAGGAACUACAAGCACUUUAUGCACUACAAGCAUCAAUAGUAAAACUUGAUCAGCCUCCUAAUCUGUUGCGGAUGUUUUUUGAUUGCCUGUAUGACGAGGAGGUGAUAUCAGAGGAUGCCUUCUACAAAUGGGAAAGUAGCAAGGACCCAGGAGAGCAGAAUGGGAAAGGAGUAGCACUGAAAUCAGUCACAGCAUUCUUCACAUGGCUACGAGAGGCUGAAGAGGAAUCAGAGGAUAAUUAAAACUUAAAAUACAGAAAACAAAACAAAACAAAAGAAACAAUUUAAGUAUUUUUUUAAAAAGUUUUACGUCUUCGCCAAUCACAGUGCAGCAAGGCCAAUUCUCGCGCAUAACCCCCUCCUUCCCCCACAUAUGCACGAGUGGGAGAGGAAAAAAAUAGAUGAACAUAAAGGUGAUCAUGGAGGAAAAAGGUACUUGGAAAAAAAAAGUAAACUUCAAACCUGAGGGCGGGAGCACUAAACCAAAAUACAUGUAUUAUUUAUAGAAAAUAUUUUCUGUUUUAUUCAUUUUUUCUUUUCUUUUUAAACAAGGACUCAUACUUUAAAAAACAGAUCUGUUUAGCAAAAAAAAGUUGAAAACUUUAAUUUAUUAUUUUAAGGACUGCAAAUGCCAGUGUAAUUUUUACAUUUGCAGUUUCUGUAAACAAAUUGUAUGAUAGAAAAAAGCAGAGAAAUAAAUUUCCCUCCCCUUCA